UUUGAAAGUAAACAGGCAGCACAAUAAACAGGCGUAAUAGCCAGGAACAUGUACGUAGAGUAUUGUAUUCUUAUGGUAUUGUGUCUGUUACAAGGAGCGGUGUCAACAGCAAAGGACUGUAAAAUAUCCGUGGAAGGUCUGGAAUACAGAGGGAACAUCUCAGUAACUGUUUCCGGUAAAUCAUGCCAGAGGUGGGACAGCCAGACUCCACAUCGACAUAGUUACGCCGAAAGACUUCCGGGGAAUGCCAGUGAACACGAAAACUACUGCAGAAACCCCAAACCUGGAAUGGAAGCUACCCCAUGGUGCUAUACAAUGGACAGAUAUACAAGAUGGGAGCACUGUCAAAUUCCAUUCUGUGUGCUAGACUGUAGAAAAACCAGAGAAGGGAUGGAGUACAGAGGAAACAAAUCUACUACUAUUUCUGGAAAGACAUGUCAGAGAUGGGACCGACAGUCGCCAUGGACCCAUAGUUACACCAACGUUUUGCCUGGUAACGCCAGUAUACACGAGAAUUUCUGCAGGAACCCGCAGUCAAAGGACGCAAAUGGCCCCUGGUGCUUCACUACGGACCCCAGCAUGAGAUGGGAGUACUGUGAUGUACCUUUCUGUGAAUGUAGAGACACAAUUAAAGGAGAAGAAUACAGAGGCACCAUCUCCCAUACCGAUAGGGGGCGUGAAUGUCUUAGAUGGGACAGCUCCCUUUCUCCAGAACCAUUAUUUGCCUUAUAUCUGGAGGGAAAUUCAAGUUCGCAUGAGAAUUUCUGCAGAAAUCCUGCUAAUCAAGGCGAAAAACCUUGGUGCUUUACAGAUCCAUCUGAAAAGUUAAAACAAUAUUGCAACAUUCCCAUGUGUUCUCAAAGUAACAAAGAGUGCUUAGACAGCACCAAAGGUCAAUAUUACUUUGGAACUGUAUCUAAAACCGAAGAUGGCAUAGAAUGCCAACGCUGGGACAAAUUACAACCACACAAUCACAGGUUUGUCAUAGAUGGAUUCAUGGGACUCUCUGCCUCUGAACACGAGAAUUACUGCAGAAAUCCCGGCAACGGGGAGAGACCGUGGUGUUACACAGUGAACGAGACAGUCCGGUAUAGGUACUGCGAUAUUCCGCUAUGUAAUAUAAAAGACUGUAGGGAGACGAAGAAAGGUAUGGAAUACCAAGGAAAACAUAAUAUCACUCGUGGUGGUAUAGGCUGCCAGCGCUGGGACAGCACCUACCCCCAUGUUCCUAACAGAAGGAUAAGUUUCCCAGGGUCGACUUUAUCGCGCCAGGAGAACUACUGUAGAAACCCUGACGGUGAACCUUCACCCUGGUGCUAUACCGUGAAUCCUGACGUACGCUGGCAGACCUGUGAUAUCCCCUUCUAUUGCUUUUCCUGCCUCGAUGACAGAUUGUGUAUUAGUGAGGGGUUUUGUGAUAUGGUCCGAGAUUGUCCUGACAACAGUGACGAAGAAAAUUGUGCUUUAGAGUGCUACCAUGGAAAUGAGUACAAAGGAUUUCGUACAGAGACAAAGUACCUUCAUCAAUGCAUGGCAGAAUUAGGAAGUACUUGUAGGUUCGACUUGUCAAGCAAAAGAGAGCCGGGUUGCUUUGUCGACUCCGAGUUUAAAUGGGAGGAAUGUAAUGUACCAAAAUGUGAUAUAGGGAAUUUGAUUUGUGACUUUGAACAAGAUUUGUGUGACUGGCAACCAAUGAAAAUCGGAACUAAAUGGAACCGUCAAAUAGCUGAAAACACUGGAGAAAUAUUUGCCUCUGCUGAAAAGAAAGAAAGUCUGAGUGGAAAUACGGAAGAGCGGGCUGUUUUAUUCAGCAAACCACAGCCUUCGUCGUCCGAGUUUGGGUGUAUAACAAUGACGUAUUCUGGAGAAAAUGUCAAUUUAAAUGUUUAUAUAACACAAGGCACAAUGCUUACCUUGGAUAGGAUGUUUUUUCAGCGACAGAAUGUAAAUUCAAACCUUUUUGCGACUACAAGCUUUCAAACACCUAUUGACAUACCUUAUAUGGUAACAAUUGUUGCAACGUUCCAAGCUAAUGUAACUGGUAUUAUACGGCUUGGAAAAAUCAGUUACGAAAAAGGAAUUUGCAAAGAUAAGGGUCCUUGUUACAAAACACAAUAUCAAUGCGACGACGGAAGAUGUAUUAAUGUAGAGCAGUUUUGCAACAAGGAAAAUGAUUGUCCAAACAACGAAGACGAAAAUGUCUGCAAUUACAACAGUUCCCAAUGUGUGCAAAUGGACAAGGGGUGUAUCCUACCUUGCCCCCACCAGUGUAAUUGUAAAGGAGUAGUUUUCAUGUGCCAAUAUCCGGGAAAUGUGUCAAGAGAGGUCAGAGUACUUGAUCUCAGUUCAAGCAAUUUCAACACCACGGAAUUAAAAGAUUUCAAUUUCCUCUUACAUUUGAAUUUAUCUGGUUGUUCGAUAGAAGAUUCCUCACUUCAGGAUCUAGGAAAGCAACUACAAUCUCAUAGCCUUCAAACAUUGGAUAUCUCGUUUAAUAGAAUACGAAAUUUGCAACAGAGUAUCUUUGAGGAACUUUCAAACAUAUUAUACCUUAAUGUUUCACACAAUCAAAUCACAGAUCUACAAAUGGACUUCCUCGGAGUCCUUCAUGAGUUACGGCAUUUGAUUCUUAGAAAUAGCGAAAUAGUGAUGAUUCAUUCGAAAGAAAUCUAUAGUCUGUUCAAUUCUAACCUCGAGUUGCUAGAUUUGAGAAACAAUAAAAUAAAAACAAUUUUUCCAAAAGCACUGCACUGGCUUAGUUCCUUAUCCAAAUUAUUAUUGAGCAACAACUCCAUUACAAAUACUGAUGACUAUUUCUCAAGAUCAAUGAAAAUGCUGGUUGAAGUAGACCUGAGUUUUAAUUCUAUUAAUAAUAUCACAGAUAACAUGUUUUCGGGUUUGAGGAGACUGGGAUACCUUAAUUUACAAAACAACCAGAUACAAGUUUUAAAUGAUUUUUCAUUUUCUACACUGGCAUCUUUACAAACACUUAAUCUUGCUUUCAAUAAAAUUCACACAAUUAAAAAAAAGGCUUUUGAGAACAUGGUAUCAAUCACCAAAUUGAACCUCACUGGAAACCAGUUAAGAACACUUUCUCCAGCAAGAUUCGUGGCUUUGGUUAAACUUCAGAUAUUGGAUUUAUCAAACAAUGACAUGGAUGUAUUGGAGAGUGACGCAUUUAGAAGACUAGAAGAAGUUAAACGUCUAUAUAUAAACAAAAACAAUUUACAGGUGUUCCGAACUAUGUUUCAGGGUCUUUGUAACCUUGAAUGGAUAUGGACAGACUCUUAUAUUAUUUGUUGUGCCAAACCACUGUCUGUUCAAGCUUCAAAAUGUAUUUCUCCGCGAGACCGAAUCUCGACCUGCGAACAGUUGAUCAGUGUUGGGUUUUUGGCCCAAAUGAUAUGGUACGUGGCCCUUUUCUCCUUCAUCGGGAACCUUUAUGUUAUAUAUUACCGCAUGAGAAAUACCAAUGAAGGAAGGAAUAAUGCACACGGAAUCUUUGUUUUAAACCUAAGCUUUUCCGAUUUAUUAAUGGGAAUUUACUUGUUCAUAAUUGCUGUGACAGACAUGAAAUACCGUAAUGAGUAUGGUUUUAACGAUAGUCAGUGGAGAUCGAGUACCACCUGUACUGUUGCUGGCUUACUUGCAACAGUUUCUUGUGAAGCAUCAGUGCUUUUUGUAUUUUUAAUAACUUUGGAACGAUUUUUAGCCUUAAAAUACCCCUUUUCUACCGAAUUCCUAAAAAAGAAAAAACAUAAAUCUGUGAUUUCAGUAAUUGUAUGGCUUAUGACCAUCUUUUUAGCAGCGUUUCCUAUCUCGGUAUACCCAGACUUCUAUAGCAGAUCUACAGUUUGUAUCUCUCUUCCGUUAACGGCUGAGAGAGUAGCUGGAUGGGAAUAUGCUACCUUUGUUUUUAUAGGAUUAAACUUAAUGAUAUUCAUUGCUAUAUUGGUUGGACAGAUUCUGAUAUUUGUUGAAGUGAAGGUCAUUGGAAGUGCCUUACAAAAAGACAAUAGGAAGAGAGAAAUGGCUGUGUUAAAAUCUCUGUCUUAUGUCGUCUUGUCGGACAUGUGUUGCUGGAUCCCUAUAAUAUUGAUUGGAAUCAUGGCGUACGGUGGGAUGGAGAUAUCGUUCGAUGUUUAUGCAUGGGUCGUUGUUCUGGUGCUGCCCCUUAAUUCAGCAUUGAAUCCAUUCAUUUACACAUUCAUUGUUAUAUACAGACAGAAACGGGAAUCACAAAAGAGUCAAACUAUCUCCAUGGAUGAUAAACAAAAUAGACGAUUGCUCAGCAAGACCCAGACUAUCUCAAAGGAUGAUUGAUAAAAUGGACGAUCGCUCAGCAGGAACUCAACAUCAGUUU